AUGGCUCAACUUGUUCCAGACGUUCUCUUGUUAAUUUUUACCGAAUUGAAGGAUGAUCCCGUUUCCUUGCGUUCAUGCCUUUUGGUUAAUAAAGAAUGGUUUAACAUAGCUACACCUAUAUUAUGGAGACAUAUUUCAUAUGCUUACGAUAAUCCUUUCCUCUAUAAUCCAGAAUCACGUUCAAAACUUUACAACGUAAUAGCACAUUUUCUGCCAAAUGAUCCGGUAGAUCCUUUGCCCCAAAAUAAUAUCAUAUUACCAUUGAAUAAAUUAUCAAGAAUGCCAACAUUUGAUUAUAUGAGAUUUUUCAUUCGUAUCACGCCAUUUUGGAUCAUAGAUAUGGCACAUCUUUUAAUCAAGAAUCAUAAGAAUCAUAGCCACAAAAAACAAAUUUUGGAAAGAGAAAUUUACAAAUUAAUUUUUAGUAAAUGUAUUAACGUUAAACAUUUUUCUUGGGAAGUUGAAAAAAACUUGUGUGAAUAUCCAAACGCGCAAUCUUUUUUUUCAAACUUACAUUCACUUGAAAUUAAUUGGAAGUUCAUAACCAAUCAAAAUUUUUCCGACCUUUCCAAAAUUUGUUUAAAUAUCUCUAAAUUAGUGAUAAGUAAUUGUGGUAGAGAUAAAGAUAAAAAGUCCUUAAUUAAGUUUAUUAAAAAUCAAAAUAAACUGCAAUCCUUGUUUCUGGAUUUUAAUAAUAAUGUGAAAGAUACCUGCACAUUAUUAAGUAAUGUGAUCAGAGAAAAAGGUUCAACAUUAAAAAACAUUACUUUACAACCAACACUAAAUUGUGUUUCACCUAUAUUUAUUCAGUCCUUAGAAAAUAUAUUAGAAAUAACUCUUAAUAAUAAAUUAAAUAAAUAUAUAGAUUGGCAAGAAUGGGAAAAGUGCUUAAACAACAUUAAAAAAUUCCCUCACCUUACACGUCUCCAAACUUCAUGCUUACCAUUUAAUAUUGAAAGUUUGAUAAUCGAAAAAUCCGGUGGGAAAAUAUUAGAGAUUGAUUCACGUCAAUCACUCAAGUUUUUAGAUUAUACGACCGAAAAUAAAAAUUUAAUUAUAACGAUAUCUAAAAACUGCCCUUUAUUAACGAGGUUAACCAUAGAUGUUGACCAUAAAAAUUUAGAUGAAUUAAGCAUGAUGUUCUCAAAUUGUAAACAAUUGGAGGAAAUAUAUUUUACAACACCAGUUAAAGUAUUACCUACUGGAAAUGAUUUAUUAAAAGUUAUAAAUAAUUCCCCGCUCAAUAAGUUACGAAAUAUUUCAUUUAGUGAUAAAUGGAAUUUCUCGAUAGAAGGGGUGGAAAACUUCCUAAAAGAUUGGAAAAGUAAAAAUAGACUUCCAAUAAAGUUUACACCACAUUAUCAUAGCGAAAGGAAUUUUUACUGGACUGCUGAGCACGAUAGGUUGGUAGAAAGGUACCAAUACUAG